AACACCAGUCCAGUUAUGGCAGAGAAAUCUGAACAGACUGAUGCUCCUUCUCCAUAUAAAGACCUAACCUUACCGGUCAUGUUUCCCAAACUGCAUACAGAAGAUGAGGGUGGUGCUACUACCUUCUCAUCGUCGACAUGCAACCCCAACCUGUGGAAUAUGUUGCAUGCAGCCGAGACCAGAUGGAGCGAGCAGUCUCAACCGUCCAACGGAAACGGGGCCGAGGUGUCCGUUGGGGCGGGAGAGACAGUGAUCGAAGCGCUAAAUAUGCAGAGGCAAAUCCAGUUUGCUGAUCAGAAGCAGGAGUUUAACAAACGUCUCACUAAGACCGGGCGUCGCUCCCUGUCCCGCUCCCUCUCCCAUUCCUCCACAGACAGCUACAGCUCAGCUGCGUCGUACACAGACAGUUCAGAGGAUGAGAUGUCUCCUAGAGACAGGCAGCAGAGGAGCUCUAAGGGACAUCAAGACUUCUGCAUCAAGAACAUCAAACAGGCCGACUUCGGACGCAGGGAGAUCGAGAUUGCUGAACAAGAGAUGCCAGCUCUGAUGGCCCUGAGAAAGAGAUCAGGGGGCGAAAAGCCGCUGGUUGGUGCUAAAGUUGUGGGCUGCACUCACAUCACCGCUCAGACCGCUGUCUUGAUGGAGACUCUGUCUGCGUUGGGGGCUCAGUGUCGCUGGGCAGCCUGUAACAUCUACUCCACCCAGAAUGCUGUGGCUGCAGCUCUGGCUGAGGGAGGCUUCUCUGUGUUUGCAUGGAAGGGGGAGUCGGAGGAUGACUUCUGGUGGUGUAUUGACCGCUGUGUCAGUCUGGAGUCCUGGCAGCCCAAUAUGAUCCUGGAUGACGGGGGAGACCUGACCCACUGGAUCUUUAAGAAAUACCCCAACAUGUUCAAGAUGAUCAAGGGAAUCGUGGAAGAGAGUGUCACAGGGGUUCACAGGCUGUACCAGCUGUCCAAGGCAGGGAGACUGUGUGUCCCUGCUAUGAACGUCAAUGACUCCAUUACUAAACAGAAGUUUGACAACCUCUACUGCUGCAGGGAGUCCAUACUGGAUGGAUUGAAACGCUCUACAGAUGUGAUGUUUGGGGGAAAGCAGGUGGUGGUGUGUGGCUAUGGAGAGGUUGGUAAAGGUUGCUCUGCCGCUCUGAAGGCCAUGGGCUCAGUAGUGUAUGUCACGGAGGUGGACCCCAUAUGUGCCCUGCAGGCCUGCAUGGAUGGCUUCAGACUGGUCAAGCUCAAUGAGGUCAUCAGACAGGUGGACCUGGUCAUCACCUGCACAGGCAACAAGAAUGUGGUAGCAAGAGAGUACCUGGACAGGAUGAAGAACGGCUGCAUCGUCUGUAACAUGGGACACUCCAACACUGAGAUAGACGUGGUGAGUCUGCGGACCCCAGAGUUGACCUGGGAGAAAGUGAGAUCACAGGUGGACCAUGUCAUCUGGCCCGAUGGCAAGAGAAUAAUCUUACUGGCUGAAGGUCGUCUGUUGAAUCUGAGCUGCUCCACAGUGCCCACCUUCGUCCUCUCCAUCACCGCCACCACACAGGCACUGGCUCUGAUAGAGCUUUACAACGCCCCAGAGGGACGAUAUAAACAAGACGUCUACCUUCUGCCCAAAAAGAUGGAUGAGUUUGUGGCCAGUCUCCACCUGCCAACGUUUGAUGCCCACCUCACAGAGCUGACGGAUGAGCAGGGCAAAUACCUGGGCCUCAGCAAGACCGGACCCUUUAAACCAAACUACUACAGAUACUAAUCUAUGGUAGUGAAGACCAAAGACGUUCCAUACCAUCCCAAAGACAUAUGUGGCUCAGAGGGAAGGAGGACCAGGAGACCUGGCUCAGAUUUGUGUUUGUGGGGGAACUAUAGCCCAGCACUGACGGGUAACACCACAACCAUGAUGUCUGACUGACCUUUAACCCCUGUCCUCUGACCUCUGCUGAGCCAUCUGACCUCACUGGAGGGCUGUCAUUGGUCUGAGAGAAUUGAUAUGCUGAGAAGCUCUUUUUUUAAUGUACAUAAAGUAUUAUUGUGAACAGAAGCAGAAAUGAUAAUUUCCCAUCAGAUUCAUAUCCCAAGGCCAGACUCAGUUGCCGGGUUUGAGUUUUCUAUUUUCCAUUAUUUGUAUCUGUUGUCUGAAGGGGCAGAGUUUGGAGGAGGUGUAUGUUAUUUAGCAGAAUCUUACAAAAAUAUCAAGUUGUAACAGAGGAACACAGAUUAUCUAAUAAACAUAUAAAUACAUCUUAUUUUCAAUCUUUCCAAAGAUAUCUAAAUAAUGUUUAAACUUUCUGAAUGUAAACAAAGCAGAUAAGUAAUAACAAAUAGGUUAAAGUUUACCAAAUGUUACAUUUUACCAUAUUUUUUUCUGCGUCUUUUCCAGAUAAGAUAAAGUUGUGACCUACCUGCUAGUCAGUCUCAUUAACUCUGCUCUCCUCAAACAGCGUGUCUGUCUCUGUAGUUCUAACUAUGCCCAAUAGGUGGUGCAAUGAAGCUAGUCAAAGAAGUGUAGCGGCUGUUCUGUGGAUGUUUCUGGAGUUUGGUUACUCGCACACACACACACACUUACAGGAUACAGUGGUAGAUGGACCUGUGUGUUUGUUUAGGUCUUCCCUCCUGACCUGUAGAUAAUAUGUGGGGUGAGGAGAUAGACUGAUCCAGAGUCAUUACUUUACUGUAAGUGCCCUUCUGGAUGGGAGAGGUGAUAGCAGGGCCAAUGUUAUGACCUGUCCUGUCUUACUAUACCUCCUGGCCCGUCCUAAUAAAAUACAUAGUUGAAUUAAACUUUCUUUUUUUUUAAACUUUUUGUUUGCUAUAACACUGAUUUAUGUAUGACAUUAAGGCCAUUUAAAGUUUCAAUUACCUAUAAAAAAGGAAUUGUCUUGUUAAAUUAAAUAUGGCUCAAGUAAUUAUGACUGACAGGGUUGUACACCUAUCAUGUGCAUCAUGAAGUCACGUCUCUUUUUUUACCGCCAUUUCGAAUUAGUAGUGGGUGGGGCGUUAGUUAAACACAACAGUGUGCCUCAAUGAUCAGUAGGCCUGGAUACCUUCAAAAUAGAUAUUAGAAAUUGGUUUAAAAAGAAUGCAUCAUCUGCUGCAACAAGUGCCGCUCAAAUUCCACUCGUCCAAGCCUCUGCUACGGUUGCUGUCGAUCACGGCAAGAGUUAUUUUUAUUAGUAUUAUAAUGUUUCUUAGGACGAAUGAAUAAUGGAUUUCUUUGUGAUGGUGAAUAUGAAAUGGAUUUAUUUUUAAAAAGACGCCCACCCACGUCCCACACUCCCACUCGUCAAUUGUGGUGCCGGCAUUAGCGCAGAGGUGUAAAAGACUUAUGCCGGCAAUAUGUGGUAAAAAUGUUGCAGUUUUUUACAUGCAGCAUACGGAAAUUCUUCUGUGAACUAGAAGCAAAUCUUUUGGGAUGAUUCCCAAUCUACUUAAUUACUGUUUUAAUUAUUCUUGCCUUGGUUUGCACAUGCAAUCAAAGAUUUGUAUUAGCCUAUUAUAAAGGAUAUGUCGAUAUGAACAGCUAAGAGGAGUGUUGUUAGUAAAAUAAUUUACAUUUCUUUGAAAUCUUACUGUAUUUCGCCAUUUUAUGUAGUUAGGCCUUGCAUACUACAAAUAUACGGAGCUAUCCAUAGUGCUUAAGUUAGAGAUCAAUGUACCAUUAAUGAGGAAGUUAAUGAGGAAGCCUACAGAUCACCAACAGGCCAAAUCAGCACGUAGAACAUGGCCAGGAGUAUGUAGGCCUAUGUUGUGCCUUUUAUUAUGUUUUUGGAAUGCUCUAUAACAAUGGGAAUUAAAAUUCCAACCCCA